GCGCGAGUGCUUCCAGGCCGAGGAUACAUGCGUCGUCAUGGCAAUCAGUACACGCGCUAGACAACGGCCACUACACUCCUUCCUGAUAUUACUUUCCCAUUGGGAUCGUGGAGCCGCAUCCGUUACGUGCUGUCUGCAGGAUUAACCUCAGCUGCAUUUAUCCUCUCCAGGAUCCUUCUCAGCGUCGAUAUCUCAAUGGAGACCGUGGCCACGUCGCCCAAGCGCUCACGGUCCGAGCAGCGUCUAGAGGCUCCAGAGACCGCAACGAGCUUAACGCAUUCCAAGUCCAUGUCUGCUCUACAGAUGCAGCAAUUCCCGGAGCCAAAAGACGAGGACGAGGAGCUCGACGCCACCGCCACGUCCAGAGACGAAGACGCAGCCACUAACGAGCAUCCAGACGACUCGGUGGCAUCGCAUUUGCAGCAGCUGGAGCAAACUCACGAACACUUCGUGGAGACGUCACGUGCUGCGUCGUGCUCGUCGCUAUCGACGUCCAGUGGCGCCGGCUCGGCCUCGUCCGCUGCAUCAUUACACCGCCACGUGUCUGCACAUGCCCGUGUCAAUAACCCACUACGUGGAGACACGAACCUAAAGAUCUUCCUACCCAGUGACAACUUGGCUCUUAAAGCCAUUCUAUCUCCAAAGAAUGCUUCUAUUAUCGCCAAAGAGGACGAACUGGAAGCCAGGUCGGACUCCAGUUCGUCCAAUUUGAUCGACAAGUUGCUGUUCCGCAACAUACCAGCGCCCAUGACCCCUAAAAAAUCAAUGGGUAGUGUCGUGGAAGAAGAUCUGGAAGCUCUGAACGUUGUAGUGAUGAACUCCAACCUGCCUCCACCGCCAUUCGCCAACAUGUACGCGUGCGAAUCCUGUCGCGAGGACAUUGGCUCGCUACUGUCUAAAGGCCGACACCACUGUCGCAACUGCGGUGGCUCCUUCUGCGCUAACUGCACUACCAAGACAAUCAUCGUGCCGUAUCAAGCCUAUCUAACACGAGGAGAACUGCGCGUGUGCGACGGUUGCUUUCAUCGUAUCCAGAACUUCCAGAAACAGGUAAAGAGCACGAGCGUCACGUGGAGCGGACUGCAACCACCGAGCAAUGAGGUGAUAGUCCGCGACUUUGAGUUGUCAGAAGAUGAGGCCCCGGUGUCGAUCUUUAACUGCGCUCUAUUCCUCGAGACGACCCCGUUUUACGGCCAUUUGGUGCUUACUCGGAAGCGUCUGUGCUUCCAGAGUUACGUGGACGCUAAGAAGCGUAAAGUAGCGUACGCCCAGAUUGUAUCGCUACUGAAGCCACAGUUCUACUAUAUCAAUGGGUUGCAAGUCAAGACGAAGCGGAAGGAGACGUUCUUUCUGGCCGAAUUUAACGGGCUACGCGAUACCUGCUUCUUGCGGUUAGAUCAGCUUAUCCGAGCGUACCAGGAGGCCAGCAAGCUGAAAGAUUCGGGUCCAGGGAAGUCUCCGAGCUCCAAGGAACUGCGCAGACAAGCGCUGGAUCGCAGACGCUCGUACAAGUUGAUUUCCGAGCAUAUCGGGAGUAGCGGGGCCUCAGCCAACCCGCCGUUGUCGUCUUCGUCUGCUAUCUCGACCGUGGGGUUCAUAAACGACGACGAUGACGACGACACCGACGUCCCUCUUAGUGACAUUGGAGAGGAUGGUCAUACUGAUGACAAAUCAACGACAAGUGACGAAGAACCGUUCGAGCCGCUGCCUCCGGAUCCGCUUCUUGAGAAGAUGACGGUUCUUCUGGACUGCGAAAUGCGUGCAGACGUUAAACGAGUCUUCGAUCUCUUGUGGAAUGAUGGUCCUGGUCAGGAAUUCUCGCACUCGAACAUGGAAAAAGCACGCGAUAUUGACAUCGACAUUGAGUCGUGGAAACCUAUUGACAAGAAUGACGCUGUUAAGACUGCGGAGAUUCGAAAGGGCUUUGAGAUCUCGAAAGAGGACGACUAUACGCUCUAUCGCAUUGUGCGCUCUCAACACCCACCCAAGACCUCGUUCCCCGGUUUACCACCGUAUGCUGGAUGCACGAGAACGCAGCGAUUCCGUCUGGAUAAGAGCUCACAUGGUGGGGACAAAUGGGAUCGCUUUGUCAUCACGGAGUUAAACCGGAUGAGCAAAAUCCCGUUUAGUGACUACUUCGAAGUGGAAAUGCGCUAUGUUUUCUCCCGUGAUGGUAACAAUUACUGUCACGUACAAGUGGGACUGGUGGUGAAUUUUCUUAAGGCGACGUGGUUCAAGUCUCAGAUUAAUUCGUCCACGCGAUCGGAAUCUAAGGAGGCACUCGAGUCUUGGGCGAAACAAGCGAUCGAGUUCUUGGAGUCCCAAAGGAAUCGUGUCGUUCCGCUCUCCCCGACACUCAAGGCGUUGUCUGCUGACAGUUUUAAUGAACUCGAGUCUGAACCAGGGAGCGCCGUUCACCCGGUACGCAAACGUGCACAGACUAAGCUUGAGAGUCCUACAAGCAUAGAAGACCAAGCGUCUUCUAAAACGGAAUCUACCGGAUCGAGUGUUGUGGAUAUUGCGCAGUCGCCGCGGUCACUUAUGCAGUGGUUACUAUUGGGUUUGCUGUUUUAUGGACUUGUACUCCUCCGAGGACACCAAACACAAAUGCAGCAACUUACAGAUGCGACUACAAAACUGCUUGAACAUUUACAAGAGCAGCAGAGUAUGAUGCAGGCUCAAGCUUUGAGAAUGCAGCAAAGCUGCGAAGGUCCGUCAGUAGAAGCUGCCAUGGAGACACUUCAAAGAUUCGUGGACGCCUCCACAAACUAGCAGACACUCAACUCACACAUUUUAGAUUGACUAUUAAUUUCAAGAUUAUUUACCACAUUCCGUAUUAAUUCACCGUUGGGCUCAUAGAACUCGCUGAAGGAACUAA